AUGGCCAAGUCCCUUCCGCGCACGUACUCGGUGCCAAUGACAGCGGUCGCCGACGCCGCCUCGGCGCCCUUCGUGCGCACCGCGUCGGCGCCCGGGCCCAAGCCGCUCCAUGACGAGUACGACAUUGUGCUGGCGCAGGCGCUGCCGAUCAGCUUGCGCUUUGUCUUUGAGACGCUGUGGCGCGACCCGCAGUUCACGAUCGACUGCCUCACGUUUGUACGCGAGACCAACAUCGACGUCAGCGCCUGGUCGACGUCGCCCGUGACGUACGCAGCGUUCGCCCGGCCCGAGACGUUCAUGGCCGAGCGUACGGUGCGCUUUACGCACAACAAGAAGAAUUUCAUCGGGCCGAGCUCGAUCCCGACCACGCAAGUGCAUCGCUAUGUGUACGAAGAAGACAAGCAGCUCGUCGUGAGCACCACGUCGACGGUCUCGGACGCGCCGUACUGCGACUACUUUCGCGCGGAAGCGCGCUGGGUCUUCACCUACCGCAGUCCCACCGAGUGCCAUGUCGAGAGUGGCAUGCGCCUCAAUUGGUCGAAAACAACGUGGCUCAAAGGCCAGAUUGAAGGAUUUGCCAAGACCGAGUCGGCGCAGAUCAUGCAGUUUUGGGUCAAGAAGGCCCUCGAAGCGCACGCCAAACUCCACCCGGUUGCAGGCGCAUCCGCAACAUCAAUGGCCGAGACCACCGAGCUCGACAAGCCGCACGGGUGGACGCCCGAAUUGACGUUGCAGUACAUGCGGUGGGCCAACCUCGUUUGUCUCGGUGUCUUCAUCGCGGUCAUGCUGCAGUUUGCCAUCUCGGUCCACAGCUUGCGGUCAGCGACCGCGGAAGCCGUCCGACUUCAAAAAGAGCAGCACCGACUCUUGGUCCUGUGGCUGGACCGCCAGUCGACCUAA